CGUGGGGGGGGGUUCAAAUGAGCCAGAUGCCAACAGCAUAAGAAAGGGAGGGAGACGAGAAGCACUACACACUCAGAACAGUGACAGAAAGCUCAGCUGACUUUAAGUAGCUGCUUUGAAAGUCAGUCAAAUUUCUUUUUCACUCUAAAACAUUGAAAAGUUAGAAGGUGGAUAUAUAAUAUCCUGAGAAGACAAAGAGGUGAAGGCUACUCAUGGCUGUGGCUAACCUUCGUCCUUCAAGGGGCUUGGCAGCAUCCUGGGAAAUGGAGAGAGGGGACAAUGAGAGAAGGAGAAGAGAAGGAAGAAAUGGAAGUAGCUGGAUGGACCUGAAUAACACAGCGAGCUCCACAGGAGAGGAUGAGGAGGUAGAGGAGCAUCCAAGAGGCAAGGAAAAUGGAAAGAGUGAUCAUCAUAAUGUGGCACUUGAUGAUGAGGGUGGUGAUGAUGACAGUGUUGCUACGUCUUCUGUCUUGAGUGAUGAUGAUAACAGCAACAAUACUUGUUCUGAUGAUCAUGAUGAUGAUGGUGGUGGAAGUGGUGACCAUAAUGGCAACAAUUUUGUUCUUUUGUCGACCAGAGAAGAUGCUGAUGACACCGCAGCUGGAAGUGAUGAGAUCCACAGGUUGGGUACUUUCAAUUCUUCUAUAGAUGAAAAUGACCAGAGAACAGAAACCACUUCCAAACAAGGGUUGGAAAUGGACGUUUCAGAGAAGAGCUCAGAGGAUGAGGAAUAUGAUGAUCAUGAUGAUGAUGACACAAAUGAUGAAACCAGUGAGGAAUAUGAAGAAUAUCCAGAAAAGCUAUACUGCCAGCGUGCCUACUCAAAGAAGGUCUUCCAAGCUUUGGAAGAAAUGAAACAGUCCUCUUUCUUCACUGAUCUCCUCAUAAGCACUGAAAGUGGGUUUAGCUUCCAGGCUCACUCUCUGGUCCUGGCAGCAGUGAGCACCGUCAUCCAGAAGAUGCUCCAAGAAAGGAAUGAAGAGAAGAUGUUUCUACGUUUGGGUCCAGAGGUGUCUGGUUUGGGACUGUCUGCAGUGCUGGAAUUUGCCUACACUGGAGCCAUCACUGGUCUGGACAGAGAAUCUUUAGCUCAGAUUCAGAUGGCCGCUCUCUGUCUUGGAGUCUCCAGGGUUCUGGAGCUCUGCAAUAAAGAGGAGAAGAGGGGGAGAAAGAAAGAUGAUGGCAAAGAGAUGGUGGAAAACGUAUCUGUUGAAGAGGAGUUAAAGCUCAGUCUGGAGUCCAUUAGGCAGCUGUGGGAAGAGAGAGUGGGAUGUGAUGUGGAGCUGGAGGCAGAAGGAAGAAUAUUUCGUGCACACAAGGUCCUCCUGAUUGCAAGCAGUGACUACUUCCAUGCCAUGUUCAGCAGCGGUAUGAAGGAAAGCCAGCAAACCUCAGUCGCCCUGCUACUGGUAGGAGCACCAGAGCUGGGAAUCCUGCUCGAGUGCUCGUACAGUGGUACUCUGGCUCUGGACUGGGGUAUCGUGUUUGAGUUGACCUGCACUGCCCUUCAGUUCCAGUUCCAGCCUGCUCUCUCGCUGUGCCUCAGUUUUAUGCAGCAGGAAAUGGAUGCCCACAGUUGUCUGGAUGUAGCAGCCUUUGCUGAGGCUUAUGGGAUGAGUGACUUGCAAGACAUGGCGGAAGACUUUGUCCUUAGACAUUUUGAGGAGGUAGCGGCCACGCUGAAGUUCCAGGACCUUCCAGCGGAGAAGCUGAAGACAUACCUGCACAGCAAUUCUCUUUGUGUUGCAUCAGAGCUGCCUGUCCUCAAGGCAGUCAUAUCUUGGAUUGGGGCCAAUCCCAGGAGACGAGUGAGAGAAGCCAGAGAGCUGCUGGCAACUAUCCACUUUCCCCUUAUGACCUUCAAGGAAUUCAAAGAAGUGAAGGCCAUAACCUCAUGGCCAAAAGUCAGCACUGAGGACCUCUACGACUCCCUGCUAGAGGAGUUCUGUUCCAGUACCUUUAAUGUCCACUCAGACUUCAGGACCUACCUUCCAAAAGAAGCCCUGGUCCUUGUUGGUGGUGAAAGGAUCACAGAAGACUUUGAUAAACGCACACCCUGUAGGGAAAUCUGGUUCAGCAACUCCUUCCGUAACCACGUUGGCCUAAUGAAGAGGGUCGAAUGGAGGCUGCUGGGAGACUUGCCUGAGAAACCGAGAUUCAGUCACAGUGUUGGAGUGAUAAGAGGAAAUCUUUACAUAGUUGGCGGACGCCACUAUUAUGGAAAGACCGACACCAUGAAAUGCACCUAUAGGUAUGAUCCCAUGCAGAACAGCUGGCAAAGGUUGGCUGAUAUGCAAGAGCGAAGAAACAGCUUUGCUCUUGUGGUUUUGGAUGAAAGAAUAUACGCCAUAGGUGGAGACAAAGAUUCAGAGGCCAAUAUAGAGAGUGUAGAAGCUUACUGCCCAAAUAUAGACUCUUGGAGCUAUGUUCACCCUCUGGACCAACCCCUAAGCGGCCAUGCUGCCAGUGUAUGGAAUGGAAAGAUCUUCAUCUCAGGGGGCUUUGACUGUAGAUAUCAGUGCCUGGUAUCCAUGCUGCUCUACCACCCAGACAAAGGUACCACAUACCUGGCGGACAUGUCCCAGAGCCGGGCCCAGCACUGCAUGGAAACCUUUCAGGACCGCUUAUAUGUAGCCGGAGGAGUCUCUGAUGCUGGCGGACAGGUGGUUGAUCAGCUGGCCUGUGAGUUCUAUGACCCAGUUACUGACUUCUGGGCCGCCAUUAUGCCCAUGUCCGUCCCCCACGUCAGUGCAGCAUCUGCAGUGUUGGAGGGAAAGAUCUAUAUCAUCGGAGGCUACUGCCAAGAAGACUACAGCGACACAAGGCGGGUGCACAGGUACGACCCUGCAACACAGUGCUGGGAAAACAUGUGUGGAACGCCGGGCCCCACCACUUACAUUGCGGCUUGCGUCUUGCCUAUACCUCCUCACCUUAGGCAACUAUAGAGAAACUGACUGGCUGACUGAUGCGGCGUGUGCAAAAGUUUUGCCACCCCGGUCAGGUUCCAACAUUUGCACAUUUUAAUGGACAAUUGCUGUUAUUUUGCUGAUUUGAACACAUUUUGGGGAAAAAAAAACAAAUACGUAAAGUUAGAUGUUUUAUUUGCCAUUAUGCUAAACUCAGCAAAUACAAAAUUAACACAACCAUAUUUCAAAACUCAAAUUACAUAUUUAGUUGAUUUUUUAAGUGAAAAUAGGCCAAUUUAUGUGCACAAUUUCUAUUCAUAUAAAUUUAAGGUUCUGGA